AUGAUAUUCGAAGGUUGUACAUUCUAUAUAUCUUCAGAUGUGAAGAGCAAGAUCCAGUUGAGCAAGACCAUCAAGGACAAUGGUGGUGCUAUCAACUUUCUCAUUGCCAAACAGGUGACCCAUAUGAUCACCGUGGAGAAGGAGUUCCACAAUCAAUCAUCAAACAUCAAGAGAGCUACAUCGCUUGGUGUCCACAUUGUCAGUGAAACCUUUGUCUCGGACUGUAUCGAGAAGAACCUCAAGUUGGACCCUGCUCGCUAUAGGUUCACCCUGCCAAAGACCAUCCCCUCAUCAUUCUUUGAUGCUGCAUCGUCCAACUUUGCCGAGAAUCUUGUCUCUCCAAAGAAGGUUGUUACCUCUCCACCACCAGCAUCAUCACCAUCAACAUCAACAACCACAACCUCCCCAUCAAUGGGACUCUUUGGAGCUACCGCAGCCACAACAACCUUACCCACUUCUGCAUUCUCCUUUGGCUCCACCUCCCCAUCAAAGAAGCCAAUGGCAAAAGCCUCAGCACUCAUCAAGCCAAUGCCAGUGCAGAGCAAGCUUCCAAGACCUGCGCUCGUCGAGUCUAACGAAAGUGAUAGUCCAUUUACCACAGACAACUCAACUUCGUCAAUCAUCCAACCAUUCUCUUCAUUGGGCCUUGGUACUACAUCCACCACCAAAUCGACUCAUCAACUGAUUGCCAGACCAACAGCAAUCAAAUGCACUCUCUACACAUUCGGCGCUGCCAAUGCACCUGCUUUCCCAGCAGUCUACGAGGUGAUAAUGGAGCAUACACUCCAGUUCACCAGCCUUGGCGAUAACAACAACAAGUACUACAUCUUGGAGCUUCACGAGGGUGUCUCUCCAAGUGGUCAGAAUGUUUACCGUCUGUACACAAACUAUGGUCGUACUGAUGGCAAGGCAACAAAGGAAUCAAGACAUCCAAACAAUUUGAGUGAUGCGCUGAACCUCUACUCAUCUGUCUACAAUGAAAAGACAAAGAAGGGUUAUCAGCCAGUGAGCCUUUCAGCAGCCAAGAUCACUUCAAAGAGUGACUCUGCCAGUCAAUUGGCACCUGCAGCACCAUCAAAGUUGCAUCCACAGCUCCAAGAUCUGAUCUCUUGCCUCUUCCAGGAGGCCACUGCACAUCUUGCCAUGCAGGCCUCUGUCAGCAUCACUGCCAACGGCAUUGAGACACCAUUGGGUGUACUGUCAAUGUCUCAGGUCGAGAAGGGAGAGGCAAUCUUGGACAAGCUGCACGCCGAGCUCAAGUCAUCCACGCCACUCAACUCUCGCAUCGAACAGUACAGCUCUGAGUUCUACACUACGAUCCCACACAAAAUGGGCAGAACCAAGGCUGAUGUCCAGAAGAAUCUCAUCCGCAACCUUGACGUUCUUUCGAGCAAGGUUGAGCUCCUUCAAUUGAUGCGCGAUCUCCUCAGGAUCAACCAGUCUGGCGCGUUGGGUGCAUCCGCUCUCGACAUGAAGUACGCUGCGCUCAAGUCUGACAUUGAGCCGCUCAACCCCUUUUCAACUCCCUACUCGACAGUGCAUAAGCUUGUGAUGGACACCUCGAGCAACGUUACCAUCAAGAACAUCUACAAGGUGGCCAGACAGAACGAGGACAAGGACUUUAACAAGUCGGUCACUCCCACCAAAUUGCUCUUCCACGGAAGUAGACCAGCCAACUUUGUCGGUAUCUUGUCGCGUGGCAUGCUUCUGCCCAAGGUCAUUGUCAACACUGGUGGCUCAAGAACAGAUUUUGGAUUCCUUGGUGCCGGAAUUUACUUUGCCGACAAGUUCUCGACCAGCUGUCUCUAUGCACAUGAGACGUCACUCACACCGGGCAGACCAGCAACACGCUUCAUCCUGGUCUCAGAGGUUGCGGUUGGAAUGGUAAACAGAGUGACCAAGAUCGACUCAUCCCUCACCAAGCCGCCCAUUGGCUACAACAGUUGUCUUGGAGUUGCCAACAAUGGUUCAAACAACUCCGAUUUCAAAGACAACGAAUAUGUCAUAUACAACACCAAUCAACAGAAGCAAAUGUAUUUGGUAGAGUUCACCUGCGACCCAACUGGCAUCUCAACACAUCUGCCAGCACUUAUGUCAUCUUCAAAGCCCGCCGCUGCUGUUCCUGCUUCCACCUACAAACCUGCACCAACUCCGACAUACUCGGAUGCUUUUAGCAAGGUCUCCCCCUCCCCACCAGCAGUUAGCGUAGCACCAGCAUUCUCUUUCAACACCACUCAGCCUGCUGCUGUUGCUGCGGCACCAGCACCAACCUCUUUCAAGCAGCCAGCCGCCACCAAGGUAUCGAGCAACUUCUUCAAAGAGUUUGACAAGGAGACAUCGUACAGAGAGGCAUUCGCCGCCAAGAAUCCACCAAAGGACAGAUACGCUGGUUUGGAGCCAGUGUUUGGUCAGAGUCUUCCAUCGUACCGCGAGGUCAGCAACAUUGACCUAUCGUCAGAGUUUGUCGUGAUGCCAUUUGUUCACAACCAAUUCUACAAGUCUGGUCUACAUGGUCCAAAGGUUCAGAACAGCCACAAUGACUUUGUAGCACAUUGGAACAAGUUCUCCAACAACAUGUUCUCUGGAUUCGACUGGAGCAACGUAUUUGUUGCCGGUGGCGCUGUACUCAAGUGCGCCAUGGACAUUCCUCAAAAGUUUGAAUCAGAGUGGUCCAAGUCUGACAUUGAUCUGUUCUUCUAUGGUGUCAGCGAGCAGCAGGCCUCCACCAAACUCGAUGCACUCUACCAUUUCUUCAAGCAGAAGAAUCCCAAGAUGGAGGUAGCCAGAACCAGGUACGCCGUCACAUUCAUCAACGCCCACCCUGCACGCAACAUUCAAGUUGUGCUGCGUAUCUACAGCUCACCAGCAGAGGUGCUCAUGGGCUUUGAUAUUGACAGCUGUUCGAUUGGUUACGACGGCCACCAAGUGUACGCACUGCCCCGUGCACGCAGAGCAAUCGUUAAUGGAAUCAACUGUGUCUCUAUGACUCGUCGCUCGCUCACCUACGAAUCAAGACUGUUCAAGUACGCCGCUAGAGGAUUUGCCAUCGUUGUACCCGAUAUGAGACGCGACCAGGUCCAUCCCAAUCUCUUCUCACUGCCCCUUGAGAAGUCGAGUGGUCUAGCACGUCUGCUGCUCCUUGAGCAUCGCUAUGUCAAUAGCUACAGUGGCAAUGUGAGCGUUGAGAACAAGUCAGACUACUCAGAGUGUGAGAUCCCCUCUGGCCAGUACUGGACCGAGAGCUCAAUGGUCACCGUCAUCAACUACAAGGACAAGUCGCAGUUCUUUGCCAAGAAACAUGACUUUAAGCAUCACCAUAUAGUGGUCACCGGCUAUCAGCAGAUGCUUGAUGGCAAGUCGUCAUGGUGUCGCAAGUGUCAGAAUGGUGAGAGCCCAUCAGACGAUGGUCAAGGUGAUUUUGUCCAUGGCAAGGUCCAAUGGGUCACCCAAAACCCUGGCAGACAACUGCUCACUGGAUCCUUCCAUCCAGUCAACGACCAAGAAUACAAAGUGAUCAACAACCAACCAAUCACCGACAUGUCCUGGAAGCCCUCCCAACAAAAGUCCAUGUACUAUAUGUACCAGAACGUUGUUGGUGAGACUGACCAUCUUGUGGCCAUUGCCUCUGCAUAUGGCAAUAUGAAGUCGUUGGAGUCCUUGUUCCCAGUGCAUGCCGAUCUGCUCAAUACCCCCACCGCCAAUGGUCUCUAUCCAUUGCACUACGCUUGUAUAGCAGGCAAUCUCGAGGUGGUCAAGUUCCUCCUGGCCAAGGGGGCCCUUCCUCAAUUGAGGACCAAGAACUACUUCAAGAUGUCCUGUCUGAUUUUGGCAAGGAUCUAUGGACACCAUGCUCUCGAGCAACAUUUGCUACGAACCUACCCGCAUCUAGCGAAGCUAAAGUGUGGUCUCCGUGACAGGAAAACAUUCCAAUCUUGGAGGAACUACAAAGAAGAACCCUUCCAGAGGCCAACUGGCGACACGUCAGAGAGCAUCUUCAGGGCCAUCCUUGAUGGUAAUGUUGCCGCAGUCAAGAAGCUCCUCAAGUCUGCUCAGACACCUCGAGUCGACCUCCUCGGACACUCACUCUAUCACUACGCCGUGCUGUCGCCCAUUCCAAAGGAGAUGGUUCAAACAUUGGACUCUGAGGGUGUCAACCAAUCGCUCAAGGGAGCAACCAACAAGUAUGGUCAGUCCCCAAGACACUUUGCUCAACUGGCAAUGCGUGCCACCAAACCAAUCUGCUCCCACGAUGCACCAUUUGGACUAUGCAAGGGAUACCUCUUGAAGGAGUUGGAGGCACUUGUCACACAGCUGCCACUCGUUGAUUCUGCAAAUCAGUUCGUUGCUCCGAUCCCAGCAUUGUUCCUCAUGCAAUCCUACCACCAAAAAGCCAGUUCCACAGCCCCUGCUGCAACACCACAAACCACUCAAUCGAGCUUUGGUGUUGGAGGAAAAUUCAAUGACAACUUCUCAAGUGAUGUUUCCUUUGUCUCCCCAGUGUCCUCCUCUCCUCCAAAGUCUCCACCAAAGUUUUUGACUCCAGAGGGCGUGCCCCUGCCAUCACUCUUUGGAUCUCCAACUACAUCCAAUGUACAGCCCUCAUUCUUUGGAACACCUCCACAACAUUUCUUUAGCCAAUCGCUCUUUGCAUCACCGACAGUCCCUACUCUGCCACUCUUUGGAGCACAACAAUCAAUUGACAAGUUGGUCGAUAACUUCAAUUCUCUCCAGAUCCCAACAUCAAACUCUGCCAACUAUCCUGAUUUCCUUCGUCCAGGAUUCCAGCAAUAUGCAGAAUCAUCCUCGGUUGCCAAGGCAUUGGCUCUAAUUGGAGCACUCAACAACAGGCUCUCCAGUGAGGAAGUCAACAAGUUGCGCAGAAUGGCGUUCACUUUCUUCAUGCCCUUAUUCAAUGCAGUAGAGGCAUAUUCUUUGGACAACAGUUUGGACAACUUGGCAGAGACCUUCAAGAUCUGUUUGAAACUUCCAUUCAAGGACCUUUAG